CGAAAGACGCCGCGGCUGUGUGAGGCGUUUUCGCCGCGUUCCUUCAGCGAGGCGGGAAUGGGGAGCCGGUCUGGGAGCCCGCCCAGCCCGUGAGGGAGGAGGAUGCCGCGGCUGCCCGGAGCCUCCUUGAGGCGGCUCUGACUGGCUGGCUCGUCCCGUCCCCGCCGCAGGAGCAGCGAAACCAGGGAGCGGCCGCUGAGGAGACCGGGACGCUCCAUGCGCUGCGCCUCCUCCUCGCCAGGGCACCGCCGCCCUUUGUCUUCCCGGCGCUGAGCGGCGGCAUGUCGACGUGGCUGAGCUGCCGCCUGCCGCUCCUCUUGGGGCAGGGGGGCUCGUCGGCUUGGGCCGCCCGCCUCGGGCUCUCGCCGCAGCCCCUCAGCAGCGGCUGUUGCUGCCGCCUCCUCCGGCGCCGCCGUCCCCUCCUCCGGCCCGGGCAGGAAGGACUGUUCGCGGGGUUCUCCCGGGCGCUGGGCACCCACCCCAAGAAGGAGCCCAUGGAGGCGCUCAACACGGCGCAGGGGGCCCGCGACUUCAUCUACAGCCUCCACUCCACCGAGCGCAGCUGCCUGCUGAGGGAGCUGCACCGCUUCGAGUCCAUCGCCAUCGCCCAAGCGUCCCGGUUUCCUAAGCCACUGGUACCAUUUGAGAUGCCAAUGAAGCAGGUAGCACCACCAGAGCCACCGAGCACCUGGGAGAAGUUGGAGGUUGCGCCACCAUCCACUGGGCAGCUUAAACAUGUGUUUUUCCAUAAUGCAAUACCAUUUGUAGGGUUUGGAUUUUUGGAUAACGCAAUCAUGAUUGCUGCGGGCACACAGAUAGAAUUAUCAAUAGGAAUUGUCCUUGGAAUCUCUACUAUGGCAGCUGCUGCCUUGGGAAAUCUUGUUUCAGACCUAGCUGGAUUGGGCCUUGCAGGCUAUGUCGAAGCCCUUGCCUCCAGAUUGGGCCUCUCCAUUCCUGAAUUAACACCCAAACAAGCCGACAUGUGGCAAACGCGUGUCAGUGCACACUUGGGUAAGGCUAUUGGAGUGGCCAUUGGCUGCCUUUUAGGAAUGUUUCCAUUGUUCUUCUUUGGAGAUGAAGAAAAAAAACUGGAAGAGAAAAAUUAACCUUUUUACAAUGCUUAUAAAAAUGUAAAAUAAUGUACCUCAAUUAUACAGUUAUGCUGUCGAAAUAUUUAGGGUUUAGUGGACAGUAAUGUUGUAUAGAAUGGGGAACAAAACCGCAUGCCGUAUCAUGGAAACACUAACUUAUUGUGGCUUUGUCUUAGUACAUCUUUUUAUAAGGGUUUUUUUCUUUAUGACGUAAACCAUUGAUGUGUGUUCUGCUUACACUGGCAAAUGACAUUUACCGUUUUCCCUCUUUGCUGCAAUCCUUUACAGAUACUACUACACUAAUUGCCUGCCAUUCAUGUACUGUAUGGUUUUGGGGUUUGCAUAUUUACUUAGCAAUCUUAAACGCAUGACACAGGUUGCCCUUGCUACUUGUCAGACACUCCAUUCCAAACUUUCAGUGAAGUGGGGUGAGAGCUGGCUCCAGGAUGUUAUGGUUUAGCUUUCCUGCUUCUUUGAGUUUUCCUGGGCCACUGGCUGUGCAGUAUGUGCCCGAAAUGAGAUCUGUGAACAAAGUAUCGCUUGAAAUAGCUUUUUGCUUAGAUGAUUUACUGAAGCAGUUAGCUAGCUUUAGAGACUAUUCAGCUUCUUACUGAUAAGUCCCUGUUUCAGGCGUUGCCUCUCUCAAAAUUCCAUCGCUCAGAAUGUAUUGCUAAUGUUAAUAAAAUGGCAGCAGUGAUCAGGGACUUGUCAGUCUUGAUCUCCUUUAGUAAUGUACAAGCAAGGCAGUUGGGAAAUUGGAGUUUGCCCAGUGGUUGGAUUUGGGAAGCUAUGCAAAACAUCUUGCUUCUUUGGCAACUCAUGGGCAAAAUUUGCUCACUUACGUUUCCUUUGAGUGCUCUCACCCAAUUUAUUUUUACAAUAAGGUUUUUGAAAAUCAUGCUUAGUGACCAUUGAAGAAUUUUUCCUGCCGUCUUUCCCUGUCCUUCCAAAGAAAAGAGUCAUUUGCAUUGCCUGGAUUUUUUUCUAUAUCUAAACUCAAGUCAGAGUUGGAAUCUGACAUCCUCUGGUUUGCUGAAGAGAUUCUGUGAUUGUGUAAAAGAUUAUGUGCACUGAGAAGGCGAAGGCAGAAAAUGUCCAGCAUAAUGUGCUAGGGACUUGGAUUUAGAUGUGGUAUAAGAGUUGGAGAUUAGAAUAAUAUAAGUCUUGAAUUGAUGGAGUGAAGUAAGUUUCAGUUCCCUGCUUCUGGAUGUUUCCUGCUUUAGGAACUCAAAAUAAUGGCAUUGGUGUCCUACUUUCUGAUUACUAACUGGGGGGGAAAUGCUAAUCUGGGUUUGUCUUGGAUGUCUUUGUCUAAAUCUGUCUACAUCUGGGAUGAGUGGAUCUCAUUUGCAGAAUGUAAUUCGCACAAAUAAACUUGUCUACUUCUCA